AUGUCGGUCUCUCUGCCUUCGCUAGUAAUGUUACCACGAGGUUCUUUUGCUGCUUCCGGAACAUGGUGUCUUGAUGACGAUGAUGAACAACAGGUCAAGUCGUACAUGUUGUCUAAUAACCGAAUCCCAAAGAAACACGUCAUCCAGCUUCUGAAGAACACGCAACCGGCUGUUACGCCAUCCGAGCAGUCCUUACCAACUAUUCCGAUAUGCGACGAAUGCAAACAGAUCGUUCAACAGAUUCAUGAUGAUUUGAACGACACCAAGAAGCUGAACCGCUUGAAGUUGCUUCUCAAGAUCACUUGCGAGUACUUUCUUCCGCAGUUCAAAAUCGAGAGAGAUCCAGAGUUGGCAUGUAAGACGCUGAAACUUUGCAGCAGCAUGGAGUCUCUUGAUGUGCCUGCUCAUUUGUAUUUGAACGUGCUGCAUAGUGCGCAGAAGAUGCUUCAGCUGUCAAGCGAUGAAUCAAGUCGUAACGUAAUUUGUGACGAAUGCCAGUUCGCCAUCAACGAGUUUCGAACGAUUGUAACCGAUCCGGCUGUUCAGAAGCAGGUCGCAGCAGAACUGAAAAAGAUUUGCAUGGUCGUCAGAACAAUCCAGCCUGAGUGCGAAUCGGCCAUUGACUCAUACGUCCCUCUGAUCUUCGACGACAUUUCUGAAUAUAUGAAAAACCCACUGUCGGUGUGCCAGUCGAUCAAAUUCUGUUCCACGAGUUCACUCUGGAUAUCGCAGCGUCUGUCCUUCGACGGCUUAGGCGAGCAGGUAGCCUUGAAGUUGUUAGAACUCAUAGUAUUUCGCGUUCGAACGUUUCUUUCUUUCAAGCAGCCGGUUCCGAGCACCGUUGAAGAAAUUGGUCGGCAGACGACCGCCAAGUCGACUCCCGUCGGUUGCCUGUUCUGCGAGUUCGUGUUGCCGGCUGCGCUACAGUAUCUGGAACGCAAUGAGAAGCUUUUGGACAUGACCUCCAAAACCUUCAUCACGGGUUGCAACGCUUUACCAGAGGCCAGCAAGAGAGCAUGCGUUGACUUCAUGACUAUCUACCUUAAACCGUUCUUGAAAAUGUCUUACGCCUCGAUCGACGCUGACAAGUUAUGUCAUGCUAUGCAGAUGUGCACUGGAGCUCAGAGUAAGUUUAACAUUAGACAUUGUAAUACAGCAGCUCAGUAUGUACCUGUAGGCCUAUUUCAACCACUCUUCAGACUUCAGAAAGCAACAUGGUGCAACGUUGUCGUUGGAACUCUGAGAAAUGUUGCAUGUCUGAUGUCCCCUCUAUAUUCAAACAAAAUUUUAUCUGUAAAUAAACGCACAGGUUUAGAUGUUUCAAAUAUGUUUCUUGCUUGAAG